CACAAAUUAAAAUAAAAACAGAGCGCACGUGCAUUCAUUUGAGUGUACCUUCACAUAAGCCAAGUACUUUAAACCAAAAUUAUAGAUCGAAUGCAAUAAAACUGUGCUCUGAAAAGCGAAGUGAAAACUCUUUAUAUUAAUUUUGAUUGGCAGUUACCGUUUUGUUUUACGAUGAAUACCGGCAACACUACUGGCAUGUCUACAGCGGGUUCCGGCGGUUUCCUGACCAGAGAAAAACAACUGUCAGAUGUUGAGAAACGCAUCAAUGAAUGUGAAAAAGACCUCGGAAAGCUGUGCGAAGAUUUUUCCGGAUUUGCACGGAAAACAGCUCGAUUGAGAGACAAAGGAGAUACUUUGGCAGAGGACCUUCUACAUGCAGCAGACCACGAGCACAAGACGGGCAAGCAGUCGCUGCAGCAGACGGCUCAGUUCCUGUCCCUGAUACAAGACUACAGACAAACAGAGAUAGAGCGAUUGGAACACAAAGUCGUUCAACCUCUUCAAGAUUACAAGAAGCACUGCAAGCAGGCUAAAAACGACUUAAAAGCGACUUUGAAUGCUUACAAACAAGAAAAGAAUCAGCACAAGAAAGUGGAGCAGCUUGGCACUAAGGAGCAGAACAUCAAUUCAGUCAGCAAAGCCCAGAGUGACUUGCGAAAGACUAAGGCCGAGGCAGACAAGCAUGCCAAGGUUCUAGACCAGGGAUGUCAUACCUUCGAGGAGCGCCGAGUGGCAGACAUGCGGCAGAUAUUACACGAUUUUGUUCACAUUGAAAUGAUGUUCCACGCAAAAGCACUGGAGAUAUACACGAGUAUGUACAGGGCAGUAGACGUCUUUGAUGUUGAACAGGACUUGGAAGAAUUUCGCCAAUCUAUCCGACCUCCCGGUGUUCUUCUAACGACAGAAGACAGCAGUGAGAUGAGUAACGUCACAAGUAGGUCAAAUGCUGCUGCGUCAGCCUCAGAAAAGAGACGUGGAGGGGAGGAUGAAGACAAUGAGGAGGAAGGCGAUGAAUACUCGACAGAGGACGGAGAAGAUGAAGAGGAGGAUGAAGAGAGCUAUGAAGAUGACGAAACUACUGCAGAGCCAACACACAACUCACGCAAAUAGACGCACUCCUAGAAAGAUAUUUAUACUGAGCUAUGUACUUUAUAGUAAGCAUCCUAUUUCUUGACCAGUUUUGCUAUUAAGACUCAAUUGAAUCGGAAUAUUUGAUUUAUCUCAGCAAUAACAAAAUGAA